GGCGUGGGGACUACAACGCCCACAAGCGUCCUCUCACUGCGCGUGCGCGGAGCGGGUAACGGGAGCUGUCCGCGUCGGUAGUGCUGCUCUGAUUUCGUUGAACGCGUGAGAGUGGGUUUAUGGACGCGAUGGAAGAAGAACUGAAAUGCCCGGUUUGCGGUUCUCUCUUCAAGGAGCCGAUUAUUUUACCGUGCUCUCACAAUGUCUGCCUGGCGUGCGCUCGGAACAUCAUCGUGCAGACUCCGGAGGGAGAGACCCCUCCGCAGAACCGAUGCUCCUCGGACUAUGACUAUCUGGAUAUGGACAAGAUGAGCAUGUACAGCGAGACGGACAGCGGCUACGGCUCAUACACCCCCUGCCUGAAGUCUCCCAACGGGGUGCGCGUGUUCCCGCCGGCCCUGCUGCACCGCCACUGCUCCAUCACCUGCCCGCUGUGCCACCGCAGCGUGUCCCUGGAGGAGCGCGGGCUCCGCGGCUUCCAGCGCAACCGGCUGCUGGAGGCGAUCGUGUCCCGCUACCAGCAGAGCCGCGCCGCGUCCGUCAAAUGCCAGCUGUGCGACCGCAAUCCGGUGGACGCCACGGUGAUGUGCGAGCAGUGCGACGUGUUCUACUGCUCUCCGUGCCAGCAGCGCUGCCACCCCUCCCGCGGACCGCUGGCCAAGCACCGGCUGCUGCCGCCGGCUCCGGCGCAGGCGGGUACCGCGCAGCCGGCCGGCGCCUCCGCGCGCAAACAGGUGACCUGCGUGGAUCACGAAGCGGAGAACUACAGCAUGUACUGCGUCUCCUGCAAGACCCCCGUGUGCUACCAGUGUCUGGAGGAGGGCAAACACGGCAAGCACGACGUGAAGCCCCUGGCCGCCAUGUGGAAACAGCACAAGUGCCAGCUGUCCCAGGCAUUGAAUGGAGUGUCUGACAAAGCCAAGGAGGCCAAGGAGUUCCUGGUGCAGCUGAAGAACCUGCUUCAGCAGAUACAGGAGAACGGCGUUGAAUUUGAGGCAUGUCUGGUCGCUCAGUGUGACUCUCUGAUUGAAGCGCUCACUCGGCAGAAGGCCAAACUGCUCACCAAGGUCACAAAGGAGAAAGAGAGUAAGCUGAAGACCGUGAAGGAUCAGAUAACUCACUGCACCAUGAAGCUCCGACAGACCACAGGAAUGAUGGAAUUCUGUCUGGAGGUUAUUAAAGAGAAUGAUCCCAGUGGAUUUCUACAGAUCUCAGAUGCGUUGAUAAAGCGUGUUGUGGUGUCUCAGGAACAGUGGGUAAAAGGUGCAUUGGAGCCAAAGGUCUGCCCUGAAUUCGCCUUGACCGUCAACACAGAUCCUCUGAUGCAGUCCAUUCUCCAGCUGGACUUCACCCAGAAUAAAGCGGAAACCUCCACAGUGCCUCCUGCACCACUGCUGCAGCUGGAAAAGUGCUGCAUGCGGAACAACAGCGCCACUCUGGCCUGGAGGAUAACUACGGUCCAAGCCCUGCCUGUGGAGGGUUACGUGCUAGAGCUGGAUGACGGGAAUAGCGGACCUUAUCGGGAAGUCUAUGUUGGAAAAGAGACCAUCUGUACUGUGGACGGCCUUCAUUUUAACAGUUCAUACAAUGCUCGAGUAAAAGCGUACAACUCUGCUGGAGUUGGAGCGUACAGCAAAGUUGUUGUUUUGAAGACAUCUGAUGUUGCAUGGUUUACCUUUGACCCUACAUCAGCUCACAGAGACAUUGUCUUAUCUAAUGAAAACCAGACUGUGACUUGUAACAGUUACGAUGAUCGCGUGGUGCUCGGGACAGCUGCCUUCUCCAAGGGCGUGCAUUACUGGGAACUUAGUGUGGAUCGCUAUGACAACCAUCCCGACCCCGCGUUCGGUGUGGCACGGAUUAAUACGAUGAAGGAUAUGAUGCUAGGGAAGGACGACAAGGCCUGGGCCAUGUAUGUGGACAACAAUCGCUCCUGGUUCAUGCACAACAACUCCCACACCAACAGGGCUGAGGGUGGCAUCACAAAGGGUUCGACUGUGGGGAUUCUGUUAGACCUGACGAAACAUACCCUGACCUUCUUCAUCAACAAACAGCAGCAUGGACCCGUGGCUUUCGAGAACCUGGAGGGUGUGUUCAUGCCCGCAGUUAGCCUCAACCGCAAUGUCCAGGUGACUCUAAUCACUGGUCUGGAAGUCCCAAAAAGCAUCAUGUGAUCAUCUCGGACCAAUGAGAAUGAGCCAGACCUUUCUUGUUGAACAAAUCAGUGCUCUAGACUACCGCACUGACCGCAUAAUGGUUAUAUUAAUGAUAUUUUCCCCUCAUGGUCAUAUGGGUGAUUUGCAUUUCAGUGUUUACAAAUCAUUCCCAUGUUUACAGAAAAGCAAACCGAGAUGUCCCCACGGGGCCAAAACUGGAGUCGGACCCAAAAGCACUUUGAAGUAGAGUUAUGCCUCUUUUUCAUACCUCCAACGGAAGAUAGCACAGUUUCAAAAACAAAUUUGGAUUAAAACCAACUUAUCAGCCAUUUGAUAUGUUACCAAUGGAACACAGACGAUAGUCAUCAAACGACUGUGAGACUAAAAAGUGUUUCAGGUUAAUCUCACAUGCUACACCAAUCUCAGGUUUACUCACCUUUAAUGUGCUUCAAAAGACCUCAGACCAUGAAUCUGGGGAGCUGGGAUCGAAGUUCACCGUUCCACAAGUAAAAGUGUAAAUUGCUAUCGCUAAGUUCUGCUGAAUUAGCUGCACAAUUCGAGGAAAAAAAUAAUGAUCGUAGCACAAACAGCGCCGGACGCGUUACAUUCUGAAGUGUAAUACUUAACGUAUGCACAGUUGUCUUAGCAAACAGCACUAAAACUAAAACGCAAGAAAAAACAGAAAUGAUAUAAUACCUGCCAUUAGAGAUAGACUGUGCCCUCACCGCCAAGUAGACUCGGCCUUGGUGCUUUAUAUGAGCCACAGUUGUGAAUAUUUAGCCAGAAUCUCAACUCUGAGGUCUCCUUACACUGUGACCGACAUAUUCCUUAAAAAUCUCAAAGCUGAAGCAUGUAAUUUUAAGUUAAUUUCACAGAAAGGUGUACACACGGACUCAAAACAUUGUUCCGUUUGUUUGAGCUUCUCCUGGCAACUCAACCAGUAGUGAGCGUUUAGGGCGGGGCUGUCUGUAUUUCUGACCAAUGACAAAUAAGUGGUCGGAAUACCUGUUUGAAAACAAUCGCCAUAUUUGUUAAAAUGCAGAAAUGCACGCUUCAACUUUAAAUACAUGCUUCACGGGCUUCAUGCACCUCGAUAAAACGAAACGAUCGCUUCAUGAUUCAAUCAGCAUUAUUUCCACGCCGCGCUUAUUUGAACGCUUUUUUUAGAUUCUGACGUCGGAAUACAAAGUCAUACCUUGUAGUAAAAAAUACCUUGUAAAAAACAAUUGCGUUUGCAUGUUGUACAGCUGUAAAUAUGGUCAAAGCAGUGAAGCACGCAUGAGUUACACAUUCAUUAUAUUGAAUUUGUGUUACAUAGUGUGGUGGAUAAAACAGGAAUACGGCUUUUGUGUGAAAUUAUUUUCCGAUAGCGUAGCUUUGAGUUAAACCCCCCCCUAAAGCUACAUAACUCCAUAACAAAGCUUUUAUUCUCAUAAAAGCGGUCACAUUAAAUGCUAGGAGGAGUCACAUGUUGGACCUUUCGAUAGGAGAUACAAGCCUCAGCUUAUACCUCUGUUCAAAUUACAACAGUUUCAGGGAGAAACGAGAGAUAAAUGAAAGAUAUUAUAUUUAUGUUUAUUAUCCUUUCCAGACUUUAACUUACGGGAUUAUGGGAAAUAACAACCCACUGGUGAUGUAAAGCAUGGGAUGUUGUUGAUAUUUAUAACGCGUUUCUAUGAAGAGUGUAAUUAAUGUAAAUAGCUUAAGGCGACGCUUUUAUCGCGCAGUGAGUGCUUUGCUGUCAGGAGUACCAAAUUAAAACAGAGCAGGUACUGGCACUAAAUAAAAAAGAAAGAAAUACAUAAAUAAAAAAAACAAUAGAUGGAGCUGCAUUUAAAGGAAUGUUCUGGGUUCAGUCAGGGCCAUCGUCUCUUUGGAGGAGCUGAGAACGUUGCUCCAGGUCUACUGUGAUGGCAUUUCAAGUAUAAAUCACAGAAAAGUGGACCAACACCAACACAAGUAUACACACACUGUAUAUAUUUCCACUUCUUGACCCUUCAGGACAUUUCUCCCCAUCGAUUUUUUACUGUACUGUAAAAGUGCCAAGUUUAAUUAUUGUCUGUGGUGACUGCCAACAUGCCACAUAUGCCGUCCACAUGUACUUUUUUCACCUCAUCUAUCAUAUUUAUGACCAUCAGCUGGCAAAGUAAUGUCGAUGAACGCAGAAAUACAGCCAUCGAUGGAUUUAAUCCAUACAAAGUACCAGAAAACAUUUUUUACAGAUCUCAGGUUAGCCCUAAAUGUAACUUUCAUUGACGUUUAUAUAUUUCAUUUAUACAUUAAUGUAAUCCUAUUAUAUGAAAAGCACAGAUAUACAAAUAGGUAAUGUGGUUUAAAUACAUUGUUUCUGUUUGUGUAUUUUCUUUUCACAGUCAAUGCUUGCUAAUGGUCGUGGUUAUGGAUGAUGAUCUGGAAAGUCAUGUGACCAAAAAAUGGUUAAACUGAAGUUUGAGCAUUCCUUUAAAUCCAGUUUAUUCUGUUGGUGACGUCUGCCAAAACUGCCAUCUGUCCAAAAGGAUCUAUCUUGCUGAUUUAUUUAUUUUUUUUUACAGUGUCCUUUUAAAUAUCACAAUGGACUUUUUUUUGUUUGUAUUACAGUAUAUUUAAAGGUUUAUGUCGAUGUAGAUAAUAGAAACACUGGUCGUGUACUAAAUAUGAAACAAGACGCAUUAAAAACUCUUUUCUGAGACUAGAAUAAUGCAAACACGAGAACUUGACAGAGUGCAUAAUAUAUUUAUGAUAAUAAAUCGACUGUACAUUAAUAGAGAACUCAUAAGCUAAAUACGUCCCAGAAGAAUCAUGGGAGAAAGGAUGUGUAGUAUAAGGAUAUUUUACGUCUUCAGUAAUUGAGGAAGUCAACUUACCCGACUAAAUUUAUUUCAGAUAUCACACCAACUGCCAUAGCAUAAAAUGUCCAGAUCUUUAAUUUUUUUUUUCUCUACUUUUCCAGUCUUAAACAUUAGUCUGGGAAAAUGAACAUCUCGUGCUGUGCCUCAUUCACACGAAUCUGCCAAAAUUAGAGAUGUUGCUUUAUAACGCGGUGCGUUUUCACUCGGACAGGAUGUCAACAAACCUAAAACUUCGUACGAGGUUGUUUCUCAACUAUGGACUUUUUGCCCUGUGAAAUUUGGAGACCAAAAGUGACGUUUUAUGGAGUAAUGCAAUAUUGCAAUGCAUUACUUUUAAAAAUACUUUUCCUAACACUUAUAAACUGAUAUUUACCUUAUUUUUUCACUUAAUGUAGUAAGGGAUGAUGCAUGGCUAGCUGUGCAUUGAACAAAUUUAAUGCAUGAUUUGUGUCGGAUGAACCACAAAGCACAUUCAAAUGAUGUAAUGCAUCAUCCAGCUUAUACCGUGGUGGUUAUACAGCGAUUAAACGGACUACCUGUGCGUUUGAAUGCAUGCUUGCCAGCCAAUCAGAAUCAAGUAUUCAGAAAGACCCAUUAUUAAUUAAGAUAAAAUCAUAAUCCUUGGUGGAUAAAAGUGGCCAGAGUUGAAAAAGCACCCAUCGAAAGGUGAAUUACAUUGGAUUUUCAUCACAAACAGGGACACACUGAACAAAUAAGUCUCCUGAAGUGUUUGAUAUAUAGCUGUACGGUAAAUACGACUGCCUGCGAGCGUGACCAUCGACAGAAAAAAAUUCAACGGUCCAUCUGCCACUGUACCAAGCAUUUGAGGAUUUAUUUUUCUAUAUGCAGCACAUUACCUAUACGGACGUACAUUGGUCAGGUGUUCGGCCCCCAGACUGUCUCAUUGUGAAAAGUUUGGCAAAGAAAAGACAUGCCGUUUCCCUGAAGAGCCUUUCCAUUGAUCUACUGACACAAGACACACACAUAUGAACCGAGCUGUGGCGCUGUGUACCAUCAUCAUCAUCAUCAUCAUCAUCAUCAUCCUCCUUGAAGCAAACUCUAAUAUGUGGGUGCGUGUUUUUGGUGCUUUUCUUCUGUAUGUGAUCUUCAGCUCUCAUUUCCUCUUACUGAGGUGAUAUUUUGUACGUCUCUGUGGUUUGUAUAUCAAAUACAUUGUACAUGACAUUCUUUUCUUACUACUUAGCGUAGAAGAAAACCAGUGUCUUUCCCUUUUAAUAAACAAUAAAACUGUGA